CAUUCUCGUUGUGUAGAAAAUCCACAGCCAGAGAAGGAUUCUUCUUCUCUAUCAGUCUGUUCGCAGUCAGUGAUUUCCCCAUUUUUGGUUUCUCUGAAAACCCUAAAAUAGCAGCAGAGAGAGUUUGGCAGACACCAGAGGCGCCAUCGGAGCCAUGGCGAUCAAGCACCUACUCACCACCAUAGCUCGCCGGUCCCAAAGACCCACCACCAAAGCCGCCCCACUCGCUCUAGCCCAAGCCGUUCGAUUCGCAUCAAGCUCACCCGCUGUCGCCACGUCACCAUCAUCCCUUCCCUCUCCUCCUCCCCCUGAUGCUAUGAUCUAUGACCGCCUCGCUGAGGCCGUGAAAUCCAAGCUCAGGCAGCUAGAGAACCCGGACCCUCGUUUCCUCAAAUACGGGUCGCCCCACCCGACCACCAUCGACCACACCAGGAUCCUAUCCGCCCCAGAGACCCGGGUCACGACCCUACCUAAUGGCCUCCGCGUCGCCACCGAGUCCAACCUCGCGGCGAAGACCGCCACCGUCGGUGUCUGGAUAGACGCCGGGUCGAGAUUUGAGACCGAUGAGACCAAUGGGACUGCCCAUUUCUUGGAGCACAUGAUCUUCAAGGGAACGGAGAAGAGGACGGCGAGGGAGCUGGAGGAGGAGAUCGAGAACAUGGGUGGGCACUUGAACGCCUACACGUCCAGGGAACAGACUACGUACUAUGCCAAGGUGUUAGAUAAGGAUGUUAACAAUGCGCUUGGUAUUUUGGCUGAUAUUUUGCAGAACUCGAAGUUCGAUGAGAACCGCAUUAGUCGGGAGCGCGAUGUUAUUCUAAGGGAGAUGGAGGAGGUUGAGGGCCAAACUGAGGAAGUUAUUUUUGACCAUUUGCAUGCAACUGCAUUCCAAUACACUCCUCUUGGUAGAACAAUUCUUGGACCUGCCCAGAAUAUUAAGACAAUUACUAAAGAGCAUCUCCAGAACUACAUACAAACACACUACACAGCUCCCAGAAUGGUAGUGGUUGCUUCGGGUGCUGUUAAGCAUGAAGAUAUUGUAGGGUCAGUAAAGAGUUUGUUUACAAAGUUGUCAGCUGAUCCAACAACGGCUUCUCAGCUAGUUGCUAAAGAACCAGCUAUUUUUACUGGCUCUGAGGUUAGAAUUAUCGAUGAUGAUAUUCCUCUGGCGCAAUUUGCGGUUGCUUUCAGUGGAGCAUCUUGGACAGAUCCAGAUUCCAUUCCUCUGAUGGUCAUGCAGGCUAUGCUGGGUUCAUGGAAUAAGAGUGCUGGUGGUGGAAAGCACAUGGGUUCUGAGCUAGCACAGAGGGUUGGCAUUAAUGAAAUUGCAGAAAGCAUGAUGGCAUUCAACACAAACUAUAAAGACACUGGUCUAUUUGGUGUUUAUGCUGUUGCCAAGCCGGAUUGCUUAGAUGAUUUAGCCUAUGCAAUAAUGUAUGAGAUAACCAAGUUAGCUUACAGAGUUUCAGAAGCUGAUGUCAUUCGUGCUCGAAAUCAGUUGAAAUCUUCUCUGCUGCUUCACAUAGACGGGACAAGUCCGAUAGCUGAAGACAUUGGGCGCCAGCUACUAACAUAUGGCCGAAGAAUUCCGUUUGCUGAGUUGUUUGCUAGGAUUGAUGCUGUUGAUGCAAGCACCAUCAAACGUGUUGCAAACCGGUUUAUUUAUGACAGGGUAAGAUGUUGCAAUUGCCGCCAUGGGUCCCAUUCAGGGUUUGCCGGACUACAACUGGUUCAGACGCAGGACCUACUGGAACAGAUACUAGUUUCCCAUCUAUUUCUUAUUUCCUCAUAACCAUUCUCCAGCGGUCUCGCUUCAAAUAUUUUGUUGUUUUUCUGCAAUUUCUUCCCUUGGAGAGCUUUCAAGGCUGGUGUAUUUUUUUUCCCUUGAUAUAAAAUUUCUUAGGUAAUCGUUUUGUAACAAUUCAUAUUCAGAAAUAAGUAUGCUGUCUUUUCAGUGAUGCGAUUUAUGAAGUAGCAACACUAAAAAUUUUCCACAUUGCUUUGAAUGUAAAGCAGUGCACUGCAAGGUGUGAAAUUUCUGUUGA